AUGCUUCGUCCACGUGUGAGAUUCUCGGCCAGAUUACUUCGUGGGUUAUCUACAGAGGCUGUUCAUGAGAACAAAGCCCCUAAAGUCGUCAUUCCUCCCGCCAUUAAGCGUGGACCAACCGAUUUGCUCCGAGCAUUAUCGGAAACGGUUGGUGUCGAUCCAACAGCACCUCAUUUCGCUUUCAUCGAUGAUCCUGCAACGAUUCCAAGUACAGCAGCAACUAAGAGAACCUAUUAUAUGGCCAAGGAAAUGGGCAAACGCGCUGCACGCCAGUUAGCAGAAGAAUGGCCCACGUUAUUUGCACUCGACCGCGAUGACCCUUACCUGCCGGCAUUUCGGCCUCAGAAGCCAGCAGAUCCUUUGCAAGUUGCACCAACCGAGGAGAACGUUCUGUCAAUGAUCGAGAAACGAGAAGUUGAAGAUGCCGUGAGGUUGUACGAAAGGAUUAGAGCGGACAACAUUGAGGUGUCACAAGAAACUCAGGUAUUUGAUAUGAGAUGUAAUCUUUAG